CAUCGCUCAUCUUUGCUCACUUUGCUCGAGCGCUUCACUUCCGAUCCUGAGCUCUGCCAUCGCUUUGAGAGACACAGAGCCAAACACAUGGCGGCUCAGGGAAGGGGCGGUGCUGCUCGUGGCCGCAGCGGCGCCGCCGUGGUGGCGCUGGUCCUCCUCUGCGUGCUCCUCCACGGCGAGGUCGCCGAGUCGGCGGUGUACACCGUCGGCGACCGCGGCGGCUGGAGCUUCAACACCGCCAGCUGGCCCAGCGGCAAGCGCUUCCGCGCCGGCGACGUGCUUGUGUUCAGGUACAGCCCGAAGGCGCACAACGUGGUGCCCGUGAGCGCGGCCGGGUACAGCUCGUGCGCCGCGCCCAGGGGCGCCAGGGCGCUCACCUCCGGCAACGACCGCAUCACGCUGAAGCGGGGCGCCAACUACUUCAUCUGCAGCUUCCCCGGCCACUGCCAGUCCGGCAUGAAGGUGGCCGUCACCGCCGCGUGAGGCCCGGCUGGGUUGAUCGGCUGCCGCCGCCGACGGCGCUGCCUAUAAUAGCUUAUUAAGUUUCCUCUU